AUGAUCGCCAAGCCUUGGGAACUAGACAAGAAGGCCUUGCGUCGUAUCAGCAAGCUACCUCCUGAACAGCGUCUCGACGGCAUCGCCACGUAUCAACACUUCAAUCACAACUCAUACAAGGUGCCAUGCUACAGCUCCUUUGUCAUCUACGGGCUCUUUCUUCUCCUGAUCCUUACCGCGAGCGCCAACAAAUUCGUUGCCUGGGCUUGGCCCGGGGCACAUGAUCGAUGCAGGAGGAAGUUCAGGCUCUUUCGUGCACACAUAUCGGAGCAUCCACUCGUAGCCCGCAAGCAUUCCGUCGUUGCAAGCGUCCCAGGCUUGCGUUGGCUGACCCUCCAGCUGCCCCUUCGCGGAGAAGCCAUCAUUCUUCUAUGUCUAUCCCUGGCCAACUUCCUCCCGCUCGUCGCUUUCUACGAUCUCUACGUUGGAGACAAGAACACCUUCUAUCCCGGUCCCACAAGCAAGCGCGAUCAGAUGUACAGGCACCUUGCCGAUCGCACCGCGGUCCUUGGCACUGCCCAGCUGCCUCUUCUCAUCCUCAUGGCAAGCAAACGGACCCCGCUCGCCAUCGUCGCUGGCCUCGGCAUGAAUCGACUCAUGCUCUUCCAUCGAUGGAUUUCAAGAUGGGUCUGGAUUCAGAUUCUCCUUCACACUGCUGCCUUCACGGCGAUCUACGUGCAGAGCGAAGGUGCGGCAGGUGUGGCACUCUUGCUCGAAGACGCUUACGUCAAGUGGGGCGUUGUCUCGCUCAGCAUGAUGUUUGGUCUUAUUUUCUUGUCCCUCCGGGCUCUGCGACAGUGGUCUUACGAGAUCUUCGUUAUGCUGCACAUUCUGAUGGCUUUUUUCGCCGUAUUGGGAGCGUAUUUGCACAUCGCUUUGAUCCACUCGAGCAGGUUUCAACUCUUCGUGGUGAUGACCGAGAUCGCGGCAGGAGUCUGGGCAUUUGACCGAGCCGUUCGCUUUGCCAGCCGCGUCUUCCUGUCCUUUUCUUCCACUUCGUCGGAGGCUUCUCCGGCUAGGAAAUUCCCGAGCAUCAAGUGCGCUACGGCCUUGGUGUCUUCGUUGGACGCGACGAGCAGCAAGUACACUCGGCUGCGAAUCACGAUCCCAGCAUCUAGGCUGAGACUUCCAGGCCAGUCAAGACUCCCGGGCGGCAUUGCGGCUGGAGAUGAUAUCCGCGUCACCAUCCCCCGCCUGCAAUGGGUCGGCGAGCAUCCCUUCACCGUCUAUGACGUUGGGCUGCAGAAGGACUCGCCAGCUCAAGGCUAUGUUGACCUUCUCGUCAAGACCGAAGCCGGAAUCACCCGCAAGAUGUCUCAAUUGGUAGACAAUCGCGCGAGCACAGGAACCCUCGAGAAAGACAUGGAGGCCGCAAGCACAGGCGAGACCGGUCGCGAAGUAGCAGUGCUGAUCGAAGGGCCUUUCGGAGUAAUUCCGGAUCUUUCCGAAGCCUCGCACUUGGUUCUGGUCGCAGGUGGUAUCGCCGUCACUUUCUGCUGGCCCUUGUUUGUGGCCGCUGUCAAAGCCAGCAGAUCAGCGAAGCUCAAGUCGUGCAAGCUUGUCUGGCUCGUUCGGGACGAAGGGCUACUCAACUUCGUCAGCGAAUCUUUCGAGAGCCUCAUCAAGGAGAUGCAUGGCCAGGAUGAUUGGAGGACCUGCAAGUUUUCCAUCGACUUGCACGUCACCGCAGCAUCUUCGUCUCUUUCGACAGUCGUGCAGGAGAUGCCGCAUUCGGAUGGAGUGGACACAUUGGCACAUCUGUCCUCAUCGACGUCUCUCUCAUCGAACGAAGACAAGGAGCAGGCGUGCUCAUCAGAUGGCGCGAGUCACAAGGACUUGACGCCCUCUUUCGAAUUCGUCGACGGGAUUGACGAACAGAAAGGAGGGGAGAAGCAGCGUCAGACUGAGAGUGGCAACUCUGCUCAAGGCCAUGAAGAUGUCAUCAAGAUCAAGAGGACUCUUGGACGGCCCCCUGUUCUUUCCACGGCCUUGUUCGGCCAUCUUGACAGCGAUGAGCUCCGAGAGAAAGGGGGCUUGGUUGUCGGUCUUUGCGGUCCCCCGAGCCUGUGCGACGACGUUAGGGUCGAGACGGUCGACAUGCUCAAGAAGGGUUACCACGUGGACCUGGUCGAAGACUGCUUCACUUGGUAA